AUUUUCAACAUCAUCGUCGUCAGUAGUAAGAAACAGGUUUGCGUCACAGAUCAUCGAGAUGGAUUACACAGGAUUGCAGGGCAUUCAGACAUAGAAAUAGAGAUGGAAUUCGCCCGUGGAUAAUUAAAAUUCCCAACUCCCCAAAUCUACUACGUAUCUUACAUUAGCUCAUACUCAAAUCAACAUCAAAACCUAUCAAAAUGCCUCUAUUUUCCAGUCGUCGACCCGAAGAGGAAGUCGUAGAGGAGCCCGUCCCGGAGAAGGGACACUCCCAUAGCCUCUUCAGCUCCCACCAUCGUUCUCCAUCACCACCAGUUUCUGCUCGCACUAGCACCACCAACAGUUCGCUUCGCUCAGACCAGAGCACUCCAUCGCGCAGCCGCAGCAUGCUGCAGCGCACAUUCGGCCAUGGUAACUCCAACUCAGAUGUAGACCCGUCCAUCAUCCAGGCCCGCGAGCACGUCAUGCAAGCCGAAACUGCGGAACGGGAUGCCGAUCGUGCUCUAGAAUCUGCACGUAUCCGCGUCCGUGAGGCAAGGGCCGAGGUCAAGAGACUCGAGCUCGAGGCUGCCGAGGACGCCCGUCGCGCCAAGAUUAAGCAGUACCACGCCCGCGAGGUGUCCAAGCGAGGCAAGCAUCUUGGACGACAUGACCUUUAAAAGCAUAUCUAUCCAUAUAAGCGCGAUGUUUUUUUUUAGAAGCGAACAAACUUGAUAUGAUUGGGUUUGGGGGGGAUGUUUGUUGCUUGUACAAUAUUGGAUAUGAAAGCCACGUAUACCACGCCAUAAAGACGAUACCUGUUUCCUUUUUUUUUUUUUUUGUAUUACCAUCUGUGUGUACUCGGCACCUAUGGUCCUAUGUAUUGAGUCAUUGAAUAUUACAUACUUUACCUCCUACCUGUCAUGAAAUCAUAUAAAAUAAUAGUUGCAUUCAAUCAUUCCUCA